AUGCUGGGUAAAGUGGCCCUCGAAGAAGCAUUCGCUCUACCCCGAUUUGCGGAGCGAACAAGAUGGUGGGCGUCCAUGUUCGCCGUGAAUCCGGACAAGCAUGCUCGCGAAAUGAACGACAUCAACGACAUCCGGAUACAGUACAUGGACAAAUAUGGAGUAGGAUACCAGAUUCUCUCGUACACGGCUCCUGGAGUCCAGGAUGUCUUUGACAGGAAAGAAGCAGAGGCAUUGGCGACUGAAAUCAAUGACUACCUCGCAACGACGAUCAAGGCUCACCCAGGCAGGUUUGGAGCGUUUGCAACGCUUUCCAUGCAUGAUCCCAAACAGGCAGCAGACGAGCUUCGACGCUGCGUCAAGGAGUAUGGAUUCAAGGGGGCGCUGGUAAACGACACUCAGCGCUCAGGGGCCGAUGGCGACGACAUGAUCUUUUAUGACUCGGCGGACUGGGACGUGUUCUGGUCAACAGUGACUGAAUUGGACGUUCCGUUCUACUUGCAUCCUCGCAAUCCCACAGGCACCAUGUACGAGAAGCUCUGGGCGGCGAGGAAAUGGCUCGUCGGACCUCCACUGAGUUUCGCCCAGGGAGUCAGUCUGCAUCUUCUGGGGAUGGUGACAAACGGCGUGUUUGACCGACAUCCUCAACUCCAAGUAGUCAUUGGGCACCUGGGCGAGCACCUUCCGUUCGAUCUCUGGCGGAUCAACCACUGGUUUGAAGACGUCAAGAAGCCCCUGGGGUUGAAGGAGACAUGCAAGAAGACAAUCCGCGAGUAUUUUGCCCAGAAUAUCUGGAUCACCACCAGCGGGCACUUUUCGACGCCGACGCUGCACUUCUGCCUGAAUGAGGUUGGGGCGGAUCGGAUCCUCUUUUCGAUUGAUUAUCCCUUCGAGAAGUUUGAGGAUGCAUGCGAGUGGUACGACAAUGCCGAGAUCAACGAGGUGGACAGGAGGAAGGUUGGCAAGGACAACGCGAGAAAGCUGUUCAAGCUGCCCGAAUUCAAGGACUGCGACGUCUGA